UAUAUAAAUACCACGAAAACGGAUAUAAGCACACACGACAUUCGCACCCAUCAUGGACACCAAGAUGCUGUACGUAUUUGUUUUUCUGUGCUUAUCAUCAGCGAUCGAAGCGAAUGUUAGGUCCGUAAGAGAAGUCGAAGAAAAUAACGAUUCUCCUCCAUCAUAUUCAAACUUUAUGAUGGUCUACGAUCCUACACCGGAUUCAACUAAUGAAGUUCGUCCCGCAAUAGAACCAGAAGUAGCUGAGCCGAAUCAUGCAUCUGAGACGAACCAAUCACCAUCAUCUCUACCCAGCGGUCUGAAUGAAACCUCACCUCAACAAAAUACGACAGUCGAUGCAAUAACUCCAAAUGCAAAGACCCAUGAGGUUGAAGAGGAAAGGAGGAAAAUGAGAAGAUUCCGUGGACAAUAUUCCCCAUUCUUGAAUAUUUACUACAAACCAAGAAAAGAAAGAAAUAUGAAUACUGUGCAGUAAAACGGUGACAUGAGGGUGUCGAUUAAGCAGACAAAGAAGAAAUACAAGACAA